UGAAGACUUGUCUGGUCAAAUGGGGUUCAGCAAAGCUAUGAACUCGUUCUAUUUUUCUCUAUUGGCCUUUCUAUCUUCCAUUGCACUGACUAAUAGAUACAUGACUAAACAAGAUACGAGGUAUGAAAGACUGAUAGAUACGUGGCACGAAAAAUUCUUACGUGACUAAACAAGACUAGCACUCAAGACAACCACAACAUCAAGAUGUCGGGCGCUAAAGCUCCCCCAGAGUACAACAACACUUAUGGCUCUUUAGUCCAUCUCCAGAAACAUCCCUCAAGCAUAUGCGCCAGUAUGAGUGGGUGCGUGCACUUGCUUGAGGGAUUUUCACAAGGAUGAACUCGGGAGAGGUCUAAGGCACCCAAAUGGGGGUGAUGUUACAGAGAAUCAGCAUCGUUUUCAAUUAUGAAAGACAAUCAAAAGCUGUGCACUCCUGUUGCAGUGCAGGCUUCUUCUUCAACAACUUCAAAAAAGAAGUAUCUCCACUAGAAUCCUGCGCGAAGUGAUCAGGGGUGUACUCUCAUACCUCUAAUAUUAUGCUGAGACGGAUAAAAAGGUGUGCCAGCCGAUCUGGGUGGCGAAGGUGCAUUAUAUUUCUUGCUUUGUUCGCAUCGCGUAGUAGUAUCUCUCUCUCCGUGUAGAAUUUGUAAAAGUAGGACUUUACUUGCACUUGGCAAACUGAAACACCACCAGCACCAUUCCACUACCUCCAACCACCAUACAUUUCCAUUACCUCCAUUGUUUUCAUUACAGAAAGGAAAGCCAAACGAUAUCCUGCAGUGUAUUCUCUUUUCCGCCGAUGCGGAAUGUACGAAACUUAGAGGGCGAUCGACGGAGCGAGAUGGUAUUAUCAUCACAAAACCGAUCAGCAGUCGAUGUCGAUGACUACCUUUUUUUCUCAUAUUCAUUUUAGUCAGAUGAUUGCUCCUCAAGAACAUAUAAUAUCGCUUUUGACUGCAUGCAACGCCACCCAUAGCGACACUCCAAGGUCAACCCAUGAAUCCACACCAUCACAGAAUACGUACGCUAUUGCAGUAGCUACGCAUACGCGGACGACAUUUAA